AUGGCCCCUCAAAAGAGACAUGCAGAAGAAUCUCUAGCGUCUUGCUCCAAACAGGCAAAGAUGCAAAGAGACACUGAAGAACAAGAGGAUAUUCCAAUGGGAGAAGGGUUGGACAUUAAUACUGAACUUAGCCGCAGUGACCACCCUUCCUCUAGCAUUCAUAGAGCUGUAAGGCGGCCAGAGAAAGAAGAUCGGGAAGCAAAGGAUGCUCAGAUCAUAGAGGACUUGGACACGAUGAAGCUGAUAUUCCAAGAGGCAGCUCGAUAUGCCAGCUCCGUCGCCAAAACUGAACCGAACGAGCGCGAGCCGUUUAAGGAUACUCAAGUCUGUUCAAUGCUAGCUGCGUGUCCGGAGAAACUCCUAUCCAAGAUCUAUGCUUUACGAGAGAUAGUUACUGGCCAUGCAGGGCGCCAUAGCAUGCUAAUUGAAGACAUGAAAUUCUGUGAAGAAGUCUGCAAUAUCUUGACCCGCGGAGAGUAG